AAAACAAAUCACUUCAAAGUGCAUGUCUUCUUAACGUUCCAAUGGUUUUUAAAACAUUACAUCAUCGACAGCAAAUGGAAUUGGAUAAUUUGAAAGAAAUCAAUAUUACUAUAAUUCAGCUUCACGCUCAACUGAGAUUGCUGCAUAAUUUCCCACCUAGCAAGUUGUAAAUAAAGUGUGCUCUAAAGUACAUAUUCAAUAUAAACACACUCGAGAAAAAAGUACAGUUCUGUUUGCGCUUAUUUCAAAUGUUCUUAUCGCUGAGGUGAAAAAAGGAACAGUACUGAACUUGUUAAUCUGUGUUUACUGAGAAGAUUGUCUUCGCCCGCUAGUUUUUGUAUAUAUAACAAUGGCUGCUUUUAAUUUUUUCUUUUCUGGAUCAAUUUGUCUUUUGUCGUGCUUUUUGCUUUGGACUUGUGCAGCCUUUAAUCUAACACUCCUACAUACGAAUGAUGUUCACUCACAUGUACAAGAAAAUGGUAUUUAUGAAGAGCGGGAAUGUGGAAGUUUUUGUUACGGUGGUGUGGCCAGAAUGAAAACAAUAGUACAAGACAUUAGAAAUUAUUUUCCCAAUACUUUAUUGUUGGAUGCAGGAGACCAGUUUCAAGGAACGCUGUGGUUUCAUCAUUAUGGCGGAAACAUCACUUCUACAACAAUGACAGAACUGGGAUAUGAUGCAAUGGCUUUAGGAAAUCAUGAGUUUGAUCUCAACAUAGAGGGUCUUCUUCCGUUUUUGAAAGAAGUGAAUUUCCCUGUUCUCAGUGCUAACAUCAAUUCUUCUCUAGAACCAUCCAUUGCUCCUUACAUCAAGAAAAGUUUCAUAGCACAGGUUGGUGGGGAACGAAUUGGAAUUGUGGGAUACACGACGACGGAUACACCAAUGAUUUCAUCUCCAGGUUCCUUAAUUUUCAACGACGAAAUUGAGUCUGUACGCAGUGAGGUGCAGAAGCUCACAGAAGAAGGGGUCAACAAGAUUAUCGCGCUUGGUCAUGCAGGCUUUGAAAUGGACAAGAGAAUCGCAGAGAUUCCUGACGUGGAUGUAGUCAUUGGAGGACAUACUCAUACAUUCCUAUACUCAGGCCCUCCUCCAUCCACUGAAAUACCAUCCGGGGAAUAUCCACAUGUUGUACAUAAACCCGGCGGUGAAAGAACUCUGGUUGUUCAAGAUUAUGCUUUUGGAAAGUAUCUUGGAUUUUUGCGAGUUGAAUUUGAUAACAAUGGAAAAAUAAUGAGUUACAGAGGACAUCCUCUUUUGCUCGACAGAUUCAUCGAAAAAAACACAGAGCUAAAAGAGAAGAUCGAUGUCCUGUACAAGGGCAUACAGAAAUUAGCUAAGGCAGUAGUAGGGCGGACACUGAUCACUUUGGAGGGAAACAUGCAGUGUCGUUUGAGAGAGUGUAACAUGGGUAACGCAAUUGCCGACAGUCUCGUAUACCAUAACAUGAAGGAGUCAGAUGACGUCAAUGGUACUAAAGUUUGCAUAUCUUUGCUCCACGCUGGAUCCAUUGAAAAAAGCUUCUACAGAGGGCCGAUAAACAUGGACGAUAUUUAUGUGACACAGCCUCAUCAGCAUACUUUUGAGACCAUUCAACUUCAGGGGAGGUAUUUACGUGCGACUUUGGAGCACAGUGCCAGCUCGCACAGCUUGUGGUAUCCUGACAAAGGCUUCCUACAAGUAUCUGGAAUAAGGGUUAAAUACAAUUUAA